CCCUACCCGCCCCCGACGAAGAAGCAGAGCAGCGAGCGCGGCCAACGCUAACGGCACACCAGUAGCUCCUCCACACGCGCGCCGCCUCCCCGCCAACCCUCCACGCCUCGGAUGCCCCUGGCGCCGGCGCAGGCAGCUUCGGUGGCGCCCAGAGCGGCGGUGGUCUAGCGGAUCCCGGAUGCGGAAAAUCCCGAUGGUCGACGCGCUCCUCCUCCCGCGCCGCUUCCUCGCCCUAUCCUCCGCCGCCUCCUCCGCAUCGUCGUCCUCCUCCACGUCGUCCCCGCCGUCUUGCUGGGCCCUCUCGCCCGGCUCGCCGCAACGGGCACGCCUGGCGGCCGGGCAGCAGCCCCCGCGGCCUCGUCGGCUAGCGCGGGUCAAGGUUCGUGCUGCAGUCCCAGAGAGCAGCGAGCAACCAAAAUGGUGGGAGAAGAAUGCUGGCCCAAACAUGAUUGACAUCCAUUCCACAGAGGAGUUCUUGGAUGCACUGAGAGAUGCGGGAGACAGGCUUGUUAUUGUCGAGUUCUAUGGAACCUGGUGCGGUUCGUGCCGGGCACUCUUUCCAAGGCUCUGCAGGACUGCUUUGGAGAACCCUGAUAUUUUGAUUCUAAAAGUAAAUUUUGAUGAAAACAAACCUAUGUGCAAACGGCUUAAUGUAAAAGUCCUUCCUUUCUUCCAUUUUUACCGUGGAGCUGAUGGACAACUGGAGGCUUUCUCAUGUUCCUUAGCUAAGUUUCAGAAGCUGAAGGAUGCCAUUGCAGUUCAUAACACUGCUCGUUGCAGCAUUGGUCCGCCUGUCGGAGUCGGGGAUGUUAACUUGCUGGAUAGUGCGAGCCCUUGGGAGAAACCUGCGGAAGCUAGCUCACGGUAGAUAUCGUCAGAAUGGGCUCCCCAUCCUACUCAUUUUUCCCCACUAUAGAUCAUACUGUAAUCAGCUCCGGAGAAUCUUCAAUUUUCCUAGUUCACGAAUCAGAUGUUGUAAGGAUUAUUGUUUUGCAUUCUUGGAAGGGAAAAUGUGUACUAUACCUUGUGAACAUUUAUGUUGGACAGAGGAACCAUAGAGUUGUACAUCAUUUUAGAGGAUGGUUGCGCAAACAAACAAGUGACUUUCUAGGUUGUUUUUUAUGAAGCAAUCCAUUGUUCGUUUC